GUCCACCUUCUCUCGAAGCGCAUCUCGCAGUCGCCGGCGGCUGCGUUCAGCUCCGCCUGCUCCGGCGACCUCCCCGACGUCCGCAGCCACCAUGCUGCUUCCGAGGCGUCUUCCACUUCUCGCUGGUAUCCUGCGGUCGGCCUCCGCUGCUUCCUCCCUUCCUCCAAACCCGAAGAAUGUUUCAUAUAGGGAAGGAUUUCUAUGGAGUUCAUGUUAUUUUCACGGCACAAGCCAUCAAACAUCCAGAGAAGGGGAGCCAAUGGCUAAGGAGCUGCUAGACCCCUUUGCACUAAUUAAAGAUGAAGUAUCUGAAAUCUCCAAUAGAUUGCGUUCAUUGGUGGUAGCUGAGGUACCUGAACUGACGUUAGCAGCUGGGUACUUCUUCAGAGCUGGAGCUGAAGGAAAAAGAACUUGCCCCAUUGUUCUACUAUUGAUGGCUUCAGCUAUUAGCACAGACAUGGCUGACCCAAUUGUUGGUUCAAAGAAUGAGCUUCGUGAGAGAUAUAUGUGUCUUGCCGAGAUAACUGAACUGAUUCAUGUAACAAGCCUCAUCCAUGAUGAUGUCUUGGAUGAUGCUAAUACCAGGCGUGGCAUGGACUCACUAAACUGUGUGAUGGGAAAGAAGCUUGCAGUGUUGGCUGGUGAUUUUCUACUUUCCAAGGCAUUUUCUACUGCUGCAGUGUCUCUUGACAAUACUGAGGUUAUAUUGUUACUAUCAACGGCUGUAAAUAACCUUGUAACUGGUGAGUUUAUGCAGAUGACAAUAACUCCAGCGCAACGCUCCAGCAUGGAUUACUAUUUGCAGAAGUCAUAUUACAAGACAGCUGCAUUGAUUUCAAACAGUUGCAAAGCUGUUGCAGUUCUUGCUGGACAGACAGCUGAAGCUGCGAUGCUUGCUUAUCAGUAUGGAAAACACUUGGGUAUAGCAUAUCAGUUGAUCGAUGACAUCCUUGAUUUCACAGGCACGUCAGCUUCACUAGGCAAAGGCUCCUUGUCUGAUAUCCAUCAAGGAAUCGUGACAGCUCCCAUAUUGUUUGCAAUGGAGGAGUACCCCCAAUUGCGUGAGAUUGUAGAGCAGGGAUUUGAUGACCCUUCAAAUGUAGAUGCAGUCAGUACUGAAACUGCCAUUGAAUACCUUGGCCGAAGUCAGGGAAUCGAGAGGACAAGGUUACUUGCUGCCGAACAUGCCAAACUGGCAGCAGACGCAAUCGAUGGUCUUCCUGAGAGCAAGGACGAAUCCGUGCUGAUCUCAAGACAAGCACUCAAAGAUCUUACACAAAAGCUCAUUAAGAGAACAAAGUGAAGCAAAAUAUAUAAGACGCCAGUGGGCAGCAGAAUCCUUAACAGAUCUCAAUAUCUCAUCAUGCUCUUGCGGUUCGAAUCAUCAUGGUUGAAACCUGCUAGAUUGGAUGCAUGUUUGACUGCUAGUUAUGGUGAUUUGCUGAUAGAAUCCAGCAGUUAUUUGUAAGAAACAUUCUCGUUAAUUUCGUGCUGUUAUAGGACCUAAUUCAUCCUACAAGCGGAAGCAGAAAAAGCCUUCUAUCGGCUGCCAUUUGAAGUCCUCGGCCAAAAUAUUUUCCAAUUGCUGGGUCGUGAUAUGUUCUACAGCUCCUAUUGAUUGUUAAGCUGUUGAUCGCUCGACCUUCUUUUUUUUAUUUGACA